AUGAAUCAGAGACGUAGCUGGCCUGAGGAGUAUUACUUAGGCCCUAGCAUGAAUCAGAGACGUAGCUGGCCUGAGGAGUAUUACUUAGGCCCUAGCAUGAAUCAGAGACGUAGCUGGCCUGAGGAGUAUUACUUAGGCCCUAGCAUGAAUCUGCCUUCACGCCUCAUUAGACGUCGUGACCUCCCACCAAAACAUAAGGAGAGGCGUCGUGAACUCCCACCAAAACAUGAGGAGAGUCGUCGUGAACUCCCGCCAAAACAUAAGGAGAGGCGUCGUGAACUCCCACCAAAACAUAAGGAGAGACGUCAUGAACUCCCGCCAAAACAUAAGGAGAGCCGUCGUGACCUCCCACCAAAACAUAAGGAGAGGUGUCGUGAACUCCCACCAAAACAUAAGGAGAGGCGUCGUGAACUCCCACCAAAACAUAAGGAGAGGCGUCGUGAACUCCCACCAAAACAUAAGGAGAGGCGUCGUGAACUCCCACUAAAACAUAUGGAGAGGCGUCGUGAACUCCCACCAAAACAUAAGGAGAGACGUCGUGAACUCCCACCAAAACAUGAGGUGAGGCGUCGUGAACUCCCACCAAAACAUGAGGAGAGCCGUCGUGACCUCCCACCAAAACAUGAGGAGAGCCGUCGUGACCUCCCACCAAAACAUAAGGAGAGGUGUCGUGAACUCCCGCCAAAACAUAAGGAGAGCCGUCGUGAACUCCCGCCAAAACAUAAGGAGAGACGUCGUGAACUCCCACCAAAACAUGAGGUGAGGCGUCGUGAACUCCCACCAAAACAUGAGGAGAGCCGUCGUGACCUCCCACCAAAACAUGAGGAGAGACGUCGUGACCUCCCACCAAAACAUAAGGAGAGCCGUCGUGACCUCCCACCAAAACAUAAGGAAAGACGUCGUGAACUCCCACCAAAACAUAAGGAAAGACGUCUUGAACUCCCGCCAAAACAUAAGGAGAGCCGUCGUGAACUUCCGCCAAAACAUAAGGAGAGCCGUCUUGAACUCCCGCCAAAACAUAAGGAGAGCUAG